AUGGCCCCCUUCGAUCCCUCCUCCGUCAUCAGCGACCUCAUGCGGCCUCCUCCGCCCGGCCACCCCCACGGCCUGCCCAUCCCCGGAUCCGAGCGUCCCAACCGCACGGCCGUCUACCGUCACUGGCGGUUCCGCGACCAGCCGCUCCUCACCACCUUCGACCCCGAGGUUCAGACCCUGCACGACCUGUUCGAGUCGUCAGCCCAGAGGUUUGGCAGCUACCGCUGUCUCGGGACCCGCGCCUGGGACCCGGCGGCGCGUAGCUGGAAGGACAGGUACGACUGGCUCUCGUACGCCGAGGUGGCCCAGCGCAGGACCGACCUCGGUGCCGGCAUCGUCGAGCUCCACAAGACCAUCGGCCACCCCAAGGACAAGUACGGCGUUGGCCUGUGGUCUCUGAACCGUGCCGAGUGGCAGCUGACAGACCUCGCCUGCAGCUCCCAAUCCCUCUACUCCGUCUCCCUCUACGAGACGCUCGGCCCCGACGCGACCGAGUACAUCAUCAACCAUGCCGAGCUGGCCUGCGUCGUCUGCUCGCUCCCGCACAUCCCCACCCUGCUCAAGCUGGCCCCGAAGCUGCCCGGCCUCAAGUUCAUCGUCUCCAUGGACCCCCUGGACGCCGGCGAGGUGGGCCCCCUGACCAAGUCGGCCGUGCUGAACGACCUGGCGGCCCAGCACGGCAUCAAGGUCUACUCCCUCACCCAGGUCGAGGAGAUCGGCGCCCGGUCGGGGCGGGGGGCCCGCCCCCCCUCGCGCGACGACAUCAGCACCAUCAACUACACCUCCGGCACCACCGGCAUGCCCAAGGGCGUGGUGCUGACCCACGCGAGCGCCGUGGCGGCCAACUCGGCCUCCCGCCUAGGCGGGACGGUGCUCCCCAAGGACGUCCACAUCUCGUACCUGCCGCUGGCGCACAUCUACGGCCGCGUCGUCGACAGCGUGGCCCUGUCCGAGGGCGCGGCCAUCGGCUACUUCCGCGGCGACGUGCUCGGGCUGGUCGACGACAUGAAGAUCCUGCAGCCCACCGGCUUCAUCUCGGUGCCGCGGCUGUUCAACCGCUUCAACUCGGCCAUCCGGGCCGCCACCAUCGAGGCCGACGGCUUCAGGGGCGCCCUGUCCCGGCGCGUCAUCGAGGCCAAGAAGGCCAGCAUGCGGGCGCCGCCGGGCAAGGCGUCCAACAAGCACUUCCUGUACGACCGCAUCUGGACGCCCAAGGUGCGCGACGCCGUCGGCCUCAGGCGGGCCCGCGCGCUCAUCAGCGGCAGCGCCCAGCUGGACCCGGACGUGCAGGAGUUCCUCAUGGCCGCCUUCGCCGUCGAGUUCCACCAGGGCUACGGCCUGACCGAGUCCUUCGCCAACGGCACCAUCCAGCUCGAGGGCGACUUCGAGACGGGCAACAUCGGCCCGCCCGCCGCCGCCAUGGAGGUCUGCCUCGAGUCCGUCACCGAGUUCGAGUACACGGUCGACGACAAGCCCAACCCGCGCGGGGAGCUGCUCAUGCGCGGGCCGCCCAUCUUCACCGAGUACUACAAGAACCCCGAGGAGACGGCCAAGGCCCUCGAGCCGGACGGCUGGUUCCACACGGGCGACAUUGCCGAGAUCGACAGCAAGGGUCGCCUGCGCAUCAUCGACCGCAAGAAGAACGUGCUCAAGCUCAGCCAGGGCGAGUACAUCUCGCCCGAGCGCAUCGAGAACGUCUUCCUCGGCAACACCCCCAUCAUCUCGAGCGCCUACGUCCACGGCUCGCCCAAGGAGUCGACCCUCGUCGCCGUCCUGGGCAUCGAACCGGAGGGCUUUGCCCCCUUCGCCUCCAAGAUCCUCGGCACGCCCGUACCCCAGGCCGACACCGCCGCCCUCACCGCCGCCGCGCAGGACCCCAACGUCCGCGCCGCCGCGCUCAAGGUCCUCGAGGACAUCGCCCGUAGCCACAAGUUCAACUCGUUUGAGCGCGUCCGCAACGUGCACCUUGCCGUCGAACCCUUCACCAUCGAAAACAACCUCGUCACUCCUACUCUCAAGAUCAAGCGUCCCCUGGUCGCCAAGGCAUUUGACGACGUCAUCACCCAGCUGUACAAGGAGCUCGAGUCGCAGACCCCUAGCAAG